AUGGCCAAGAGCACUACCGCCGACAAGCCAAAGUCCAAGGGCAAGGCAAAGCAGCCCACCCCGCCUCCGCCCGCCUCGCCCUCGUCCCGCUCCAACUCGCCUUCGUCCUCGUCCGCCUCUCCCAGCGACUCGAGUGACGACGACGACCACUCCGACAAGGGUUCGGCCCGUAGCUCUGCAUCGCCCGAACCCGAGGCACCAAAGCAACCCGCCCGCAUCGUCGAUCCGUCCCUGCGCAAGUACACCCCGCCAUCUGGCUUUAAGCCCCUCAAGGCGACCGUCGACAAGGGCGCCCUCGACUGGGACGACCUGCGCGACGACCCGGACCUCGAGCUGUGGGCUGUGCGCGUUCCCGUCGGCCUCAAGACCAAGCACCUCGACGGCCUCACGCUCACGCUCCCGCCGCCAGAGCUCGGCACGCCCUCGCAGCCCGUCGGCCACCUCUCGGCCAAAAAGGCCGAGUACGACGCCUUUCUCACCGUCCCGACCUCGAGCACCAAGCGCAAGCGCGGCGAGGCGGCCCCCGAGGAGGCCGAGGGCGCCGGUGCGCGCGCGGGCGAGCUCGCCGCUGCGGUCCCGCUCGUGCCCCGCAAGUCGCACGGCAACAAGCUCUUCCAGGCCCCACGCCCGAUCGCGCGCACCCUGACGCUGCAGCGCGCCCUGCCCGCGGGCGUCGUCACCAACCCGACGACGGCGCACCUGCUCAAGACGUCGCACUCGUCCCUGAUCGCCUCGCAGCCGUCGCCCGUGCCCGGCUCGAUCCUCGACGCCGACGCCCUCUUGCUCGCACCCGCCGAGAUUGCCGCGCGCAAGGAGGCCGUCCGUGGAAAGGGCGCGCGCGACCAGCCCGACGAGCUGCUUGUGUUCCGGCUCGGCAACUUUGGCGGCAUGGGGCCCGAGGGCGGCAAAGGGCGGUACCACAACCCGAUGGCGCGCGUCGUCAGGGCCGAGCGUGUCGAGGUCGGCGAGGGCGACGAGGACGAGGAGCGUGCGGGUGCGGGUGCGGGCGAGGACGUCGAGAUGGCCGAUGCGGCAGCGGCGGGCGGCGAGGGUGCGGACGACGACGACAAGAAGAAGGUCAAGCAGGAGCGCAAGGACAAGAAGGAGCGCAGGAAGAGCGAGGCGGCCGGCGGCGACAUCGCAGAGUCGCCCAAAAAGAAGAAGAAGAAGGUCAAGGCCGAGGAGUCGUAGCUUGCCCUUGCACACCGCUCUCUCUCUCUCUUC